AUGUCCUUGUUGCUCUCGACAAAAAAUGUCGAUAAGGCUAUUAGAGAGCUUCAGAACAAGAUCAACCAAGAGAAGCUUCAGAACCAUGAGCUGUUCAAAGAUAUCGUUCAGCAAAGCGAGCAGCCCUAUCAAACAAAGCAUCCGCGUUCGCGGAAUGAAGUCCGAAGCCCUGCUGCAAGAACACAGGGACCUGCUACCUCUCUACCUGGUAUCCGUCAUGCCAGCGAGCAAAAGCAAGCGGCUCUUGAGCGGAUCCAGCGAAUGUCGACUAGAGCCCAGUUACCCGCAGUUGGUACAAAAGAUCGUUCUCCGGCCAGAUCAAGUUUGAGUGCCGCUGGAAGUGGUUUUGGAAGUGGGCACAUAGAUGCCUGGCCAGUCCAAAGGGACACUUCGAUCCAGUGGCCGAAAUCAGGAUCUGCUCUCUCGACGACUCCAUUCCGCCUCCAGUAUCCUCCUGCAGCCAGCUCAACGACUGCGACGUCGCUUACUCAGUCUCAAGCACAGCAAGCCGAAGCUUCUGCCAUCGCCAGGCAUCAGGCGCAGGGGCAGCCUGAGAUCUCCUGGCAGGCAAUCGAGAGGGAAAUAAGAGGGAUCAAGUCUCUGAUCUUGAAGAAGAUCAGCUCCGGAAAUCAACCGGUAAUCCAGUCUGUCAAGCCGACGAUCACGUCAGAGAAGCCCACGAUCACGUCAGAACGGCCGACCAUCACGUCGGAGAAGCCGACCAUCACAUCGGAGAAGCCUGAUUUGCAGCAAGGGCUUCAGGCCGCAAGCGACCUUGCGGUUUUGAACUCUAAGCUCCAGCCUGAUGGGAACAUCGGCAGCGUUUCCAACGCAACUGGAAUUCUUUGGCCUCAACAAGCUGAAUCCAUCUCUUGGCCUGCACCGAACGAGUCCACGACAGGCAACGCGGCAGCCGUCGUUGGGUCCGGCAAGUCACGCGAGUACACCUGGCCUGGGACCGUAACUUCCGAGCCCGAGGUCAAGAUGUUGCCCCUCCAUGACUCGUGGCAUCCCUUCAGAGACGUCAAGUUCGCUUCCUCGGGGCCCUCCACCACGUCGCGGGCAAGGCAGCCAACAGCCGCCGCUAGCAAGCAGCCCAAGAGCAUCUGGGAGGCUGUGCAUGUGCAGUCCGUUGCUUUCUUCCUCAGCUUUGGGUUCGCAUGCUUCGCCAUCGGCAUCUUCACAGGAGCUCGCUGGUGCCUGCCGUCGCAGUCGGAGGAGGCGACGGUCUUGUCAGCACCUCACUCUCUGCUGCCUCUGAUGCGCAACGAGCAGGACCUGCUGCACCCUCCUGCCGAGAGGCAGAACGUCUUGGAGAAUGCCAUUGGGAAUGGUAGAGUACCCUAA